AUGUCGAACAUUCCAGCACCGCCACCGUUCUUGGCGUCGCCCGGGGAACCAACCAUACCAUGGGAAGACUGGUUCGAAGUCUUCUCGAGUUACCUGGUGGCACGAGGUGACGUGGUGCAAGACGAUAGGAAACAAGCGCUGCUCAUGUGCUGUCUCGGUAUCGAGGGCCAAGCGCAGUACAGAGCCAUCAGGGAUCGACCGGUGGCGACAUCCGACGGCCAGCCGUUACCAACAGAGUACGACAGAAUGAAGGCUCGGCUGGCGAUUCGAUUCAGUGACACGAAGGGAUUGACGGCCAUUCGGUUCGAAUUCCGUAAUCGUCGUCAACUACCAGGCGAGCCGGUGAUGGAGUUUGUGGCUGCAUUGCGUCGGCUAAUCACGAAAUGUGCGUUUGUGAAUUAUGGACCAGAUCAAGCUCUGAAGGAACAGAUAGUCAUCGGCUUGGCGGAUGCGAAGAUGAGGGAGCGCUUACUCAUGGAUGGAGAUAAUUACGAGGUUGAACAGGUGAUAAACUCGGCGCUGAGAAUGGAGAAAUCGGCGAAAGAGGCUGGGAUGUUAGCGGAGGUCCCCUCAGAGGCAGUCCUCGCGAUUGAAAAGACGAAUUCACGGCCAGUGGAUCGAUGUUCGAACUGUAGGAGAUUGGACCAUGAUUCGUCAUCAGCAGCGUGCCCGGCGAGAGAAGCGUCGUGCCGAGCGUGUCAACUCAAAGGACACUAUGCGGGAUGCUGUCCGGCGCUGAAGAAAGCGAAUACGAGCAAGGUCAGGAAUAAAUCGUCCUUCGUGUAUGCUUUGUCUCGUGAUUCUGGCGAAUUGAGCAUUGAGAUCAAACUGAACGAUCGAAAAGUGAAAUUCCUUGUCGACACAGGAGCAGGAGUCAGUAUCGUUCAGCGGGAUUUAGUUCGGAAUCGAUUGGGUGAUCUCCGAAAGUGUGAAAGAAGUCUGAGAACAUAUUCGGGGGAACCGAUCGAAAUCUUAGGAGUAUUGAAGUGUCGAGAAGAUUGA